GAGGGGCGGAGGCCAGUCGGCUCCGAUCUGUCAAACGAUCCGUGUACAGUACUCCGCCGGCUGUGCGUUCAGCUCCACUAUACAGUCAGUCUACUAUAUACGCUCGAUCGCAUCAGUUCGUCAUCAUACUUGGCGCGUAGCUGUCGUUCGAGGACGAUGUGGCUGGUCGGUGAAACUAGUACCAGUGCGUGAUCCUGCACGUGGUUCCACACCUGAUCGACCAACGAGAGAGAGAGGACGGUCACUCCACGGAGGCGCAAAGCAACGACAAAGUAAACAGGACGCAGGCAGUCCGCUCUUCGCUCUUCACGUGCUGCAUUAACGCCUUUGGUGUUCGACGCACAGCUCUUUUCCGGCGAUCGAUAGGCACACGCGCGGUGGGGUGGUGUGUAUGUGUGUGUGCGGUGACGCGCUGUCGUCGAACGAUCACCCAGACCCAGCAGCGGCAGGGUGCUCGUGAACGAGGGUCGAGAGGAAAGAGCCGAGCGCCGGAUCGAUCGAUUCCGGCCGUGUAAUUCUCUGAUCGCCGCCGCUACCUGCAUGAAGGCGAUGGUGGUUAGCCCGGUGAGCGGCAGAGUGCCGCCCAACCAUCGCGGCGUGCUGCACAACGGCUUGGGGAUCGGCGGCACCAGACGCGACCUCGAGGCCGAGGAGGUCGCCGCUUACCUCACCAAGCUGCGCUCCCUCGUGCCGGACAUGCCGCGCAAGCGGAAGCUGUCGAAGCUCGAGGUGAUCCAGAGGGUGAUCGAGUACAUCUGCGACCUGCAGACCGCUCUCGAGGAGACGAACGCGGCGCAUCAGGACGCGAAGACAAUGACGACGGCGAUGGCGACGGCGACGGCGACGGCGACGACGACGGAGUCGACGGUGACGACGCAGUCGUCCUCGAGGCAACCCCUGCCGAACACCAUCACGUCGACCGCCACGACGACCACUACGACGUCCGUCGUAACCGCGACGGUCGCCGAUCGGUGACCUGUUGGUCGGACCAACUAGGGUACAGAUCGCAUCGAGGCCACCCUCCUCGUGGACUAGAUGGAUCGCUCUGCUCUUCGAAAAGGACGUCCGUCCGUCGAUCUACCUUCGAUCUGGACAGUCACGGGAGGAGGUAUCGAUCAUCGCCCGGAAGAGAAAACUACCCGGGAGACUACGUCCGAGGAACGCACCUACUAUCCGAAGGCGAGAACGUAUUUUGAUCAAAGAGACAUUUUGAUCAAAAAAAAAAAA